AUGGCCUUAACGCACGAUGACUACACGGUCGCGUGGAUAUGCGCCCUACCGUUGGAGAUGGCAGCGGCAAGCGUCAUGCUGGACAAGACCCAUAAUCUCCUGCCUAAACCUUCCACUGAUCCGAACGCAUACGUCCUUGGUGAAUUGAACGGCCAUUAUAUCGUGAUUGCCUGUCUGCCAGAUGGCAUAUAUGGAACCAUAUCUGCUUCCACAGUCGUGGCUCACAUGGUCUCGACCUUCCCACGGGUCCAGUUUGGCCUGAUGGUGGGAAUCGGAGGAGGGGUACCUAGUACCAGUAAUGACAUCCGGUUGGGUGAUGUGGUCGUCAGCAAGCCGGUCGGAAGAUACAGCGGAGUGAUCCAAUAUGAUUACGGCAAGGCAGUUCAAGGCGGAGAUUUCGAGCCGACUGGCACAUUAAACAAACCACCACAGACUCUUCUGACACAUGUGGCUCAUCUUGAGUCGAGGCAGAUGAUUAGAAGAGAGGAUGCUAUUUCGACAAUAGUGCGGGAUGUACUGGGUCGAAAUCCUGACAUGAAAGACCGAUUCUCGCCCCCAAAUCAGCAGUCUGAUUAUCUAUUUCGUUCCUCGUAUCACCAUGCCGACCCAGAAAGCAACUGUGAAAAGUGCGAUAAAGAGCAAUUGGUCUGUCGACCGCCGCGUACAGCCAACACACCUCAUAUCCACUAUGGGUUGAUCGCAUCUGGAGAUCAAGUGAUGAAGGACUCUGAAACUCGAGACCGUCUUGCUGAUCAGCAUGGCAUACUCUGUUUCGAGAUGGAAGCAGCAGGCCUCAUGGAUGGGCUUCCGACUCUGGUGAUCCGCGGGAUAUGCGACUACUGCGACUCUCAUAAACAGAAAGAGUGGCAGGGAUAUGCGGCUUUGACAGCAGCUGCCUAUGCGAAAUGGUUGUUGUCGGCCAUGCCCGUCUCUCGCAUGAAUCAGAGCUUGAUAAAGAGCAACAGCAGAAUGGGUCACUACAUGGUUCCACUGGGAAGGAAUCCGCGGUUCGUUGGUCGUCGAAAUGAAAUCACCAGACUGGAAGAACUAAUUACAAUGCAAGGCGGGCCCAGAAAGGUCGCCAUUACAGGAUUAGGAGGGGUUGGGAAAACACAAGUGGCCUUGGAGCUUGCGUACCGCAUACGGGAUCGAGAUAAGGAGUGCUCGAUAUUCUGGGUCGCAUGCACUAGCUAUGAGGUGAUCGAGCAGACGUACCUGAAUAUGGCGCAAGCUCUUGGACUUCACGAUGUGAAGCCGGCAGAAGUCAAAGAGCAAGUUGAAAGAUACCUCAGCUCCGAGCAGGCUGGGAAGUGGCUUCUGAUUUUUGACAAUGCUGAUGAUAUGGACAUGUGGCUGUCAGAUGAUGGUGCAGGUCCAGCUCUUGAAGACUUUCUCCCGCAGAGUGAACAAGGCCGCAUUCUGUUCACCACAAGGAACCGGAAGCUUGCUGUGGAGCUAACAUCCUCCAAUAUCAUUCCUAUUCCAGAUGUGGAUGAGGACACUGCAUUAAGAAUUCUCGAAAGGUCACUGGUAGACAAAGGUCUGCUUCAGGAUCAUCUCACAGCAGUUACUGUUCUGGAGAAACUGGCGUUUCUGCCCUUGGCGAUCACGCAGGCAUCAGCAUACAUUAACAAAAAUGGCCUGAGCCUGUCCACCUACUCUGUGCUUUUACAAGAACAGGAAGCAGAGGUAGUGGAACUCUUGAGUGAAGACUUCAAAGAUGAAGGACGCUAUAAGGAUCUCCAGAACCCAGUGAUCACCACAUGGUUGAUCUCAUUCAAACAGAUCCAACGCCAGGAUCAAUUGGCAGCUGACUUUCUAUCUUUCAUGGCUUGUAUUAAUCCACGCAACAUCCCUCGGUCCCUUCUUCCCGUGGCAACAUCCAGAAAACGCGAAAUUGAUGCUUUGGGACUUCUGAACGCAUAUGCAUUUAUCAACGGCCAAGAUACAGGCAUACACCUACACAGACUAGUGCAUAUUGCGAUGAGGAACUGGCUACGGCAGAAUGCACUGUUUAGUUACUGGAUCCGGAGGGCCGCUGAUCAGAUGCGCAAAGUGUUCCCAGAUGAUCAUUACACAAAUCGAGGACUUUGGAGAGAAUAUCUCCCACAUGCCUUAUCCCUUGCAUAUGAAGACGAAUUCACAGCACAGUGGAAAGAGUAUACUGAUUUGAUUGAGAAUAUUGCAGACUGCCUGCAAAGUGAUGGAAGAUAUCGCGAAGCCGAGGUGCUAUAUACCGAGCUAAUAAGGAUCAAACAGGAGGAAACUGGGCCCAAUCAUCCUUCUGUUUUAUUCACCAUGGCAAAACUGGCAUUAACUUACCGGGAUCAGGGACGAUGGAGUGAAGCUGAGAGGCUAGAGGUGCAGGUAUUAGAGCUAAGGAAGACUGUGCUAGGGGCUGAACAUCCUGAUACUCUCACUGGCAUGGCAAAUCUAGCAUCAACUUAUUGGGAGCAGGGACGAUGGAAUGAAGCUGAGAAGCUUGAGUUGCAAGUAUUGGAGAUGAGGAAGACUGUGCUAGGGACUGAACAUCCUGAUACUCUUAUCAGCAUAGCAAAUCUAGCAUCAACCUACUGGGAUCAGGGGCGAUGGAAUGAAGCUGAGAAGCUUGAGAUGCAAGUGUUUGAGAUGAGGAAGACUGUGCUAGGGGCUAAACAUCCUGAUACUUUCAUGAGCAUGGCAAAUCUAGCAUUAACCUACUUAAAUCAGGAACAGUGGAGUGAAGCUGAGAGCCUAGGAGUGCAAGUACUGGAGAUGAGGAAGACUGUGCUAGGGACCGAACAUCCUGAUACUCUCACCAGUAUGGGAAACCUGGCAUUAAUCUACUGGAAGCAAGGACGAUGGGAUGAAGCUGAGAAGCUUGAGUUGCAAGUGUUGGAGAUGAGGAAGACUAUCCUAGGAGCUGAACAUCCUGAUACUCUUCUCAGCAUGCACAACAUGGCCUAUACCUGGAAAUCCCUAGGAAAGCUGCAAGACGCCUUGGCCCUAAUGGAAAAAUGUUCUGAGCUUCGCAACAAAACAUUGGGGCCUAAUCACCAUGAUGCCAUAUCCUCGUCGCGCUCUCUCAACAACUGGAAGGACAUCCAUAAUCCAUUACCAAGCGAAAAGCCCCCGACGGCGGGCAGUCAAAUAGAAGGGUCACAACAUCCGGAGACUGCAACAGGACAUACAGCAGCUGCGGUGAUCGCACUGCCGCCCUGUGAAGAGCGCGUCAAGUCACCUCAUACGCAGAGAUGGACCACUGCAAAAUCAGUUCUUGGAGAUCAUCCCCUUCUCAUGGCUUCCAGAAGAAUCUCAGUAGAGCAGGGAGGGCAAGACUUGCAAGAAAUAGACUGA